AUGGAUUACGAAAUUAUUGAUUAAAUAGGAAAAGGAAGUUAUGGAGUUAUUUAUAAAGUGAAAAUUAGAUCUUAAAUCUAAGUGCUUAAGGAAAUCUCUUUAAAGAAUCUUUCUUUGAAACAAUAGAACGAAGCUUAUAGAGAAGCUCAAAUAAUGCAUACAUUAAAUCAUCCAAAUAUAGUGUCUUACUAUAAUUCUUAAUUGAGAAAAGAUAAGUUAAAUAUUUUUAUGGAAUUUUGUGAAGAUGAUCUCUACAAUUAUAUAUGUCGGAACCCAUCUCCAACUGAAAACUAAGUAUGGCAGUGGACCAUAUAAUUGUUAGAAGGUGUUGAAUAUUUACAUUCACAAAAGAUUAUGCAUAGAGAUAUAAAACCCAAUAAUAUUUUAAUGAAAAGCAAUGUAUUAAAGAUUAGUGAUUUGGGAGUGUCUAAAAGUUUAAUUUCUACUCAAUAACUUUAAACAACAAAAGUUGGAACUCCUCUAUAUUUGGCACCUGAAUUAAUUCGAAAUAGACCUUAUGAUAGUAAGAUUGAUAUAUGGGCAUUGGGUUGUGUCAUAUAUUUUAUUUGUUAAGGAGAUCCUCCUUUUGGAGGAAGUAAUAUUAUUUCUUUGGGAUAUAAUAUUGUAAAUAAAUCACCUAAACCAAUAAAUUGUAAAUACUCAAGGAAAUUAUAGAGUCUAAUAUUUAAAUUGUUGAAUAAAGUACCAGAAUUCAGACCAACAGCUACUCAGGCAUUACAAUAAAUACGUGAGGAUAAUGAUGUUAAAAUGAAGCCUUAAUUCUAAAAGAUAUUCUCAGUUCAUUCUUAAUAAGAUAUAACAAGAGGGGAUGAUCUAAAGGAGUAAAAUAAGACUGUUUAAAUGAUAUAGAGUAGAAGAUUAGAAAGGAUAAUCCAAUAAUAAAAGGAUGCUUAAUUAAGGUUAUGUGAGGCUGAUAAAUUUAGCAAAAUUGUACUUUUAAAUAGAAUUAUAAAACAUUAAUCAGAACAUUAUGUACAAUGA